GACUCAGGGAUGGCCGGGAGCUGCUCUAAGGCUCGUUUUCUCUCUUUAUGCGAUUAUAAAACGGAAAAAUAUAUCGUGGCAAAGAACAAAAAAGUCGGUGUUUUGUACAGACUCAUUCAGCUCACCAUUAUCGGAUACAUCAUUGGGUGGGUGUUUCUGAGUAAAAAGGGCUACCAGGAGACAGACGAGUCCAUCCAGAGCUCAGUCAUCACUAAACUCAAAGGCGUCUCUGUCACCAACACCAGCGAGUCUGGGGUCGUCGUGUGGGGCCCUGAAGAUUAUGUCAUCCCUCCACAGGGAGAAGGCGUCCUUUUUGUUGUGACUAAUUUCCUAGAGACUCCAAAUCAGCAGCUUGGAUACUGUGCAGAGAGCUCAAAAGUUGUGGAUGGUCGCUGUCGGUCGGAUGCAGACUGUAGAGGAGGACACACAGUUGUAGCUGGAAAUGGCCUGAUGAGUGGUCGGUGCAUAGUCAGUGACGUCAAUUCAACUGGGACGUGUGAAAUCUAUGGCUGGUGUCCUGUGGAAAAGAAAUUCAAACCACAGCGAGCACUACUGGCAAAUGCAGAAAAUUUCACUAUAUACAUCAAGAAUUUCAUACAGUUUCCUAAAUUUUCCUUUUCCAAGUCUAAUGUUCUGGAAACUAGUGAUGAAUCGUACUUAAAGUCGUGCCGAUACGAUGAACAGAUCCAUCCGUACUGUCCCAUCUUUGAGCUCGGAGACAUCACCAGGAGAGCGGGAUACAACUUCCAAGACAUGGCCGUCUAUGGCGGCUCAGUGGGCAUUAUGAUCGACUGGGACUGUGAUCUUGAUAAAGGCUACUCCCAGUGUCAUCCUCAGUACUACUUCACCCGCCUGGACACUACCGCCUGCAACAGAAGCGUCGCAAUGGGAUUUAAUUUCAGACACACACGUUAUUUUAAACAUCAUACUGGUGAGAUACAUCGAUCGCUGUUUAAAGUUUACGGAGUCCGAUUCAACAUUAUGGUGCAUGGGAAGGCAGGAAAAUUCAGCAUCAUCCCAACAGCGAUCAGUGUUGGCUCAGGCCUGGCUUUGAUGGGGGCAGGAGCGUUUUUCUGUGACAUGGUCCUCCUCUACCUCAUGAAGUCGAGCACCUCAUAUCGAGAGAGGAAAUAUGAGGAAACAAGGAAAGCAAAAGAAACAUCACAAGACAACAGUGUGGAGGACAGGAGGAACAGCACAGACCCCACGAGAUAAAUCUGUCAA